CGGGCGACGGCAUCAUUGGAACCCGUGCUGCAGCACCGCGCCGCUCACGCAGCGCCGCGCGCCUGGCGGCCCAAGGCAAGCUCAGCCUAGGCAGCGCACAGCGCAGUCCAGCGCAGCCGGACGGCGGCGGCGUCGUCGGGAACGGCGGCGGCGGCGGGAGCCGUAGCAGCCGCAGCAGCCCCAUAGCAGUAGCAAUAACUGCGGCGGCAGCGGCUGCGCAGGGAGCUCACCCGCGCUCCCCUGCUCGUGCGCCGUCCCCGGGGCACGCGGACUCGGAGACUGUGGAGGCUAAGGCGCCCGCAGCCGCGCGGCGCCCCGCACCUGCACAGUCCUCCCCUCUUCUCUGUCCCGGGCCAGCCACCGGCGACACGCCGCGCUCAUCCGCUCCCCCAGGCCGCGGUGCCGGCGCCGGCGCCGCCGCCGCCGCCAGGGCAGGCCCGCGAGGGAAACCGGCCCGGGAGGAGCGCGCCGCCGCAGCCGCCGCAGCCGCCCCCGCCAUGGCGCACUCGCCGGUGGCAGUGCAAGUGCCCGGGAUGCAGGCAGGAGCUGCGUCCUCAUCUUCCUGGAACACAAAUCAGAGAACUGAUCCAGAAGAGUUGUUCACGAAAUUGGAACGCAUUGGGAAAGGCUCCUUUGGAGAAGUUUUUAAAGGAAUUGAUAACCGGACACAGCAAGUGGUUGCUAUUAAAAUCAUAGACCUUGAGGAAGCAGAAGAUGAAAUUGAAGACAUACAGCAAGAAAUAACUGUUUUAAGUCAGUGUGACAGUUCAUAUGUAACAAAAUACUACGGAUCUUAUUUAAAGGGCACAAAGCUGUGGAUCAUAAUGGAAUACCUGGGUGGAGGAUCAGCACUGGACCUUCUUCGAGCCGGUCCAUUUGAUGAGUUCCAGAUAGCUACCAUGCUAAAGGAAAUUUUGAAAGGUCUAGACUACCUGCAUUCAGAAAAGAAAAUCCACAGGGACAUAAAAGCUGCCAAUGUCUUGUUGUCAGAGCAAGGAGAGGUGAAGCUGGCAGACUUUGGCGUUGCUGGCCAGUUAACAGAUACACAGAUUAAAAGGAAUACCUUUGUAGGAACACCAUUCUGGAUGGCUCCUGAAGUUAUUCAGCAGUCGGCAUACGACUCAAAAGCUGACAUAUGGUCCUUGGGAAUCACUGCUAUCGAAUUAGCCAAAGGAGAGCCACCGAACUCUGACAUGCAUCCCAUGCGAGUUCUUUUUCUGAUUCCAAAAAAUAAUCCACCAACUCUAUUGGGAGAUUUUACUAAGCCCUUUAAAGAGUUUACUGAUGCAUGUUUGAACAAGGAUCCAUCAUUUCGUCCAACAGCCAAAGAGCUGCUGAAGCACAAAUUCAUUAUUAAAAAUGCCAAGAAGACGUCAUACCUGACAGAACUGAUCGAUCGGUUCAAGAGGUGGAAAGCAGAAGGACACAGCGACGACGAAUCGGACUCUGAUGGCUCGGACUCAGAAAGCAGCAAUAAGGAAAAUAAUUCUCAUCCCGAAUGGAGUUUUACUACUGUUCGGAAGAAGCCCGAUGCCAAGAAACUACAGAAUGGAACAGAACAAGAAGAAGAACUUGCCAAAACACUGAGCUGUUUGUCUACAAUAAUCACACCAGUAUUUGCUGAAUUGAAAGAGCAAGACACGAGCAAUGCGAGCAGAACAAAAGCAAUUGAAGAGCUGGAGAAAAGCAUGACAGUGGCAGAAACUGCCUGUCCUGGAAUUACAGAUAAGAUGGUGAAGAAAUUAAUCGAGAAGUUUCAAAAGUUUUCCGUUAAUGACUCAUCCUAAGAAACUUGCCAUUGUUGACUUCAGUUACAUCCAGCUCCAUUGAAAUUCACCCAAAUGACUUCAAGCUUGGCAGUGCUUACUUAGCUCAUGAGCCCCCAUGUGCCUUUUGGAUCUUUGCAACAUACUGAUGGUAAAGGAUUUGGAAGAACCUACUCAACUAUUUUGUGGUUUUAUAUUUUCAGGAGAUGAUUUUGUAAGAAAGUUUUCAUACCAUCGUCUCACCUAUGUUUAUUCUGGUAGUUGUGGAGCUCUGGCUUUGCUUUUAGGAAUCGUCAUUCUUUUUAAAAAGAUGCACAAGUUACUAGUAUGUUUUUUGCUCUUUGGUUAACGACAUACACUGCUGAUACAUCUGUCAUAGUACUCAGAAAUGAAACUUUUGUCAGUUGGUCAUCAAAAAGUUUUCAAACCAACUCUUCUCUCUCCUCCCUACCCCCAAGAACCAAAUUGCAGGUGAUAUCUAUGUAAAACCUGUGUCUAUAGCACCAGGACAAACAUCUCCAUGAUUCCCUCCACUUGAGAGCAGUCUAGCUAAAUAAAUAGUUUGCAGCUGAUCUAUGUAGCAACAUCCACAUUGCCUUUUUUAGAACAGGCUUUUUUCAAGUCAUAUUUCAGUCUUCUCAUCAUGGUUAGAAAUUUGAAGCAAUACAGUUAGGCUAGGGAAGGCUUUUGGCAAUAAUGUUCACAACGUAGGCUGUUCGGACUUGUUGAAACACUUGCAAUGCUUGGGUGUAGGGGGAGCUUGAAGAGGCUGACCAUCAUGUGACUAAUACCUCAUCAGCAGGUAUGAGCAGAAAUAACACCAGCAUUUAUGUGUAUGUGGGGAGGGGGGAGGGUUAAGUUGUCUUGUGAAAAAUAUUUGUUUUCUUCUCUGUCCAUAAGCAUCAUCAUUUGUUCAUAAUUUCAGAAAGGGUAUUUUAAAUAUGUAUUUCCAGUAGUAUGCAAAUAACCUAGUUAGAGGUAUUCUUUCCUAAAAGUAGUCUACAGUGGAGUAGAGUAAUAUUUUUCCCUUCAUAAAAAGUAGGUAAGAUGAGAAAAUUGCUUUUUUUUUGGUUAUAUUUAUGGUACUGCUAAAUGGCCAAUGCCAUUUUCUUUCUGGAUCCAGUAUGUAUAUUAUGCUGAAAUUCAGUACUUGUGGGAUUGUUGGUGUACAUUUAUUUUUGAUAAAGGUUCUGUGUUUAUUGUAUCAUUUGGACCUGCACAGUCAGUCUUGUUUUUGCACAAAAGUCAUCAUAAAGAACCUGCAUCUUCUAUCUGCCAAAUGUGAGAAAGAGGAAGAUGUAAAGGCAUAGGCAAACAUGAUAUGGGGACUCAAAUGGCCAUUGGGUUCUUUUUUAAAAAAAAAGAUAGCCAAGAGUCAGAAAGUGCAGUGUUCUUCUGUAUCCCAAGGAUAGUUCUUUUCAAUGGUGCCUACAGUGUAAAAAAAUUACUUUUCAUUCCUUGUUUUUGUGUUAAAGAAAUGGUUCUGUUGAAAUUUUCACCUGCUGUGUAACUGAAAUUCAAUCACCAUUUAUAUCUACAAAAGUCUGGAGGUCAUUUUUGAAAACAAGAGUGUUCUGGAUUAAAAUAUUUUUGUAAAAGCGACAAGUCAUAAACACAGUUAUCUGAAGCUUUACAAAGUUCAAAUAGUAAUGUGUAUUAUCAGUGUAGUUAAGUCUUACUAUUUAAAGUGUAUGUUCACCCUGUUGGGGAAGUUAAAAAAAAAUAAAUAUUUUAAUUCUGUAAA